AUGAAGGCAAUCGAUGAUGGAAAUGGUGGUUUAUAUUUCCUAGAUGCCCCUGGUGGAACAGGUAAGACAUUCCUCAUGUCAGUGGUUUUAGCCACUGUUCGUGCGAGAUCCAACAUAGCGGUUGCAGUUGCUUCUUCUGGAAUAGCAGCCACAUUGUUAGAAGGAUGCCGUACGGCUCAUUCAGCAUUAAAAUUACCGUUAAAUCUUCAAACUAUUGAAGAACCAACGUGUAAUAUUACGAAAAAUUCAGCAAUGGCCUAA